AUGGUGGCAUCAGAACCUGUAGAAAGAGAAUGUACCAAAACUAGAGUUGAGACGAGAUAUGGUUCACUGAUAACCCGAAUGAAACUGAAGGAUCCAACUAAGUUGGGGAAACUAGAUGUGGAGAAUGAAAUAUUGUGUAUAAUGAAGUUAAAACCAAAGUUGGAUAGAGAGAUUGAAAGAAAUGCUGAGGACUUGAUGCAACCAGCAUGGGUAAAAGCUUGCAAUGAUGAACAUCAACAGAUUUUGGAUGAGUACAUAAAGAAUAGGCAAGAAAAUAGCACAGAUGCACUGAAGAGAAAGUUGUACAUAGCACAACAGCAAAGAGAUGAAGCAUUGGAAGAGCUUUCUGACUUGCAGGUUAAACAUGAAAAUCUUUUUAGGUUCAUUGAAGAAAAAAGCAAAAAAAUUCAUGCAACUGAUCUGAGUAAUGUGCAAAAUGAUAAGGAUCUUGUUGAUUUAGUUGUUGACACCUUGCACCAAAUCAUUUCAUUUAACAAAGAAUUAAAAAGUGAGGAUGAACGUGAUGAUGAUGAGCAGGAGGAGGAGGAAGGUGAAAAAAGUGGCAAAGGUGGUGAUGAGGAGGAAGGUAAGAAAGGUGGUGAUAUACAUGAUGAUAGUGAUGAGGAUGAUGAGGAGGAGGGUGGAAAUGGUGGUAAUCUACAUGAUGAUGACAAUGACAAAGAGGGUAGCAAAGGUGGUGAUGAUGAGGAUAGAACUGAAUCCAACUCCUAA